AUGGUUUUUGCAGCCUUCGAUGUUGGUUGUACGGCUAGGCCUACUUCUCGUAGUUUCAAAAGACAGUAUAUGACGUUCAAUGCGAACUGUGUAGAAGGAAAGAUAAAGAGUUUACAGGCGUUGAAGACUGGAUAUAUAGACUACAUCAAAAAGAUAAGAGAAAAAGCAAAAGAACAACAACUAAUAACCAAAACAACACGCAACAACAGAAAAUUCAGACAACAACGAGAGCAUUUGAGUUCUGGAGCCAACUCUGGAGACAUAUCCAACUACAUUAAAAACAAGAAGAACUGGUCAGCUCCAGGCCCAAAUGGAAUUUGCAACUAUUGGAUUAAGAGGAUUAAGAGAUACCAUGAGGACCUAGCUGAAGCCUUCAAUGAGUACCUAUACUUGGAUAUCAUGGAGUUCCCUAAAUGGUUCUGUGAAGGAAUAACAUACCGGAUCCACAAGGGAGGUGACAAAGAGGACGAAGCCAACUACAGACCAAUCACAUGCAUUAACAGCACAUUCAAUUAA